GCCGGAGCUGACUGUGAUCGUGAUCUUGAAGAGAAGGAGGAGAAGGAGAAAGCCACAGGUGCCACCUCCAGUUGUUGUACAGAUGAGACGAGCGAAGAUCACCGGCAAAAUAGCAAAGAGACCACCCAAGAACAUCAUGCGGCUUCAAGUACUAUGUGUACGCCUGCUCCUCCCUUAUCGAAGAACGACAAUGACCCCCGCCGCGGCGCCGACGCUAUCAACGUCGAGCCGAAGGUCGCGACGCUCAAGGACUUUUCAUCCUCCCAUGGAAUCAUCGACACUGAUGCGCUCGCGGGGCUGGUGUGGUUCGGCGGGUCGCCGUUACGGGAGGAGGAGGAUGCUGAUGAUCUCAGCGAGGACAAAGGAGACCCGAUUU